AGGCGUGCCUCCAGGGCAAGGAAGGCAGGCUGCGAAGUGUUUAGAAGGAAGAAGAGGCCUCUUUACUAAGAGGAAAUUAAAGCAUAGUUAUUUAGGGAAAGAGGGAGGAGACUGCGGCGGCAGCAGCGGCUGGUGGGAGCCCGAUGUGGCAGAGGGGCCACCGCCACCGACAGGGAGGUGGAGGGCCCGCGAGCCCAGCGCAGGAGACACCGCUGCUGCCGUCCUCUCCGCCUGCCCCGCCGCCCUCCUAGACACGCUCCUCGCCUACGGAUCCUCCCCUCCCAGCUCUUGCAAGCACCCGGCUCGCCGCCUGCUGAUCCUCUUUGGCCACUGGCUCACCGCAGAGGCAGCAACAAGGUGUCCGAUUUGGGCACGUGAGGCCCGCGAUCUGGGGCGGUGGACGCCAGGCAGGGCAAGGCCAUUGGCAUGAAGACCCCCAACGCACAGGAGGCCGAAGGGCAACAACCCAGGGCAGCUGCGGGACGGACCACUGGGUCCGCAAACAUGACGAAGAAAAAAGCCUCCCAAAAGAAGCAGAGGGGCAGACCUUCGUCCCAGCCCCGCAGGAACAUCGUGGGCUGCAGAAUUUCACACGGAUGGAAGGAAGGCGAUGAGCCCAUCACCCAGUGGAAAGGAACCGUUCUGGAUCAGGUGCCUAUAAAUCCCUCUCUUUAUCUGGUGAAAUAUGAUGGAAUUGACUGUGUCUAUGGACUGGAACUUCACAGAGAUGAAAGAGUUUUGUCUCUUAAAAUUCUUUCCGACAGGGUGGCAUCAUCUCAGGUCAGUGAUGCAAACCUUGCAAAUACCAUAAUUGGUAAAGCUGUGGAACAUAUGUUUGAGGGUGAACAUGGUUCUAAGGAUGAAUGGAGGGGGAUGGUCUUAGCCCAAGCACCUAUCAUGAAAGCCUGGUUUUAUAUUACCUAUGAGAAAGAUCCUGUCUUGUACAUGUACCAGCUUCUAGACGAUUAUAAAGAAGGAGACCUCCGUAUCAUGCCAGAGUCCAGUGAGUCUCCUCCAGCAGAGAGGGAGCCAGGAGGAGUUGUAGAUGGCCUGAUAGGUAAACAUGUGGAGUAUACCAAAGAAGAUGGCUCCAAACGGAUCGGCAUGGUCAUUCACCAAGUGGAAGCCAAACCCUCCGUGUAUUUCAUCAAGUUUGAUGAUGAUUUCCAUAUCUAUGUCUAUGAUUUGGUGAAAAAGUCCUAACUGUUUGGGUAAACCUUGCCACAUUUGUGGAAACAAAUGUAUACUUUGUAGACAUGCAAAAUAAUGUUGCUUUUCAGUGUACUGAAAGCUUAAGGGUCCCUGUUAAUUCAGCAUCUUUGCCAGCCUAACUGUUGUUUUGUUCUGAAAAAUACAAGUGUAUGUGGACAUGA